GGCGGCGGCUCUCUUCUCCCGGCGACGGGCGAGCGCUAGGCGGCGGCGGGCCUGGACGCGGCCCUCCUCUCCCGGCGGGGUGACUUCGCCGGAACCAGCCCGGUCGCGUAGCCAGGCCAUUUUCCGGCUCUCCGGUGACUGGGAGAAGGAACGAGCUGUGUUGAUUCGGUGGGGGCUUUUGCUUCGGCAUUCUAUCGAGAUGCAGGCACCACGGCCAACCGCUCCUGUCCGGCAAGGCCAAGUAAGACGCGGCGGAGGGAUGCUUCAACGGCGCGUGGUGGUCGUCGGCGGCCAGCACCCUCAAUGGCCCGGCGGUGACCACAUGCCUCAAUGGACCGGCGGUGACCACGACCUCGAUCUGGCCGGUGGUCCUCCGAUGGCAGCCCUUGCCGGCGACGAUUUGAAUUCCGUAUCCAGUGACCCCUCAGCUGCCUUCGAACAAGUGGUCAACGACAACUCAUUUGGGAAUGGAAAUGGGUAUUUUUCCAACAUGAUGAUGGAUGAAACCAAUCAAGGGGAUUUUGAUAAUUAUAACAAUACAUGUGCUGACCAACAGUCACAAGCAAUUGAAAAAGUUCCAGCAGCCCCCCCUACGAGGCCAAACCAUAAGAGAUCCAAGAAUUUCAGUGACCAUGAAGAUGAGGUUUUGGUUUCUGGAUGGCUGAAUGUAAGCUUGGACCCGGUCGUAGGCAAAGAUCAAAAAGGUGCCAAGUAUUGGUCUCGUAUCUAUGAGUACUUCAAUCAACACAAGACGUGCCCCUCAACGCGUACAAUGAAUUCUCUUAUGCACCGGUGGGAGACCAUACAAAAAUGUGUGAACAAAUUUUGUGGAUGUCUAUCACGGAUUGAGUUAAGACGUCAAAGUGGUACUACAAUGCAAGACAAGGUUGCAGAGGCAUGUGCUUUGUACAAGUCCGAAGACGAACAUCAAAAAGCAUUCCAGUUCAUGCAUUGCUGGAAUAAGCUGAGGACACAACCAAAAUGGCUUGCUAAAAUUGAUGAAUUGGCGGCUGGUAAAACAUCUCACAAGAAGCAGAAGACAAGCUCCAGUGCAAGUUUACCAAUUGAAUUAGGAGAAGGUGAGGUUCAAGGCAUAGAGGAUAAUGCAUUGACAAGGCCAAUUGGUAAGAAGAAGGCAAAACUAGCACUACUGCAAGAGAAGAAAAAAAGUGUGACAGCAACCUUAGAAAAUAUGUGGGCACAGAAGAAAGAAACUGAUGAGGAGAAAGAGCUAAAAAAAGAGGAGAGGUUCAACAAAGCAUUUGCGCUUGAACAAGAACGAGUUGCUCUUGAACAUGAUCGAGUUGCAAAUGAAAAACUACUUCUUGAGUUGAGGAGCCAGGAGGUCCAAUUGCAAAAAAGGAGGGAUGAAGAGAGGAUUAUGACCAUGGACCUUACCGCCAUGCCAGAUGAGCAAAAGAAAUACUACAUGUCCUUGCGCGCUGAGAUCAUGAGUCGACUAUCUAUGUCUAGUACUUAAUUACUAUCAUGUUUGUGUUCUGUUGAUUUAGGAACUCUUUACCAAUUUCAUACUUGUUUUAUUCACUUCGAACCUAUCAAUGAUUUAGUCUGUUUGAUAUUGAACUAUAAAGUCAUUUAUAAAUUUCCGUUGCUUCCUGGAAA